CACAACAUCUGCAAGUGUGCUACUCCAUGGGGUACAUUUCUUUAUGCCUCGCCAUAUUUAGGGUCUUCGUCAUGCCUGUGCCAGGAAGUAUGUACACCAGAUGCGAAAAAGUUCACCGCAAGUCAGCACUCCCACUUGUUAUUCGUGUCUUUUGAAAUUCGGUACAAAGUGUCCAUGGUUUCCCUUCGUUCUGUCUGUGUCCAGGGUUGGCCAUCUUUCGUCCCCGUCGAACUAACGAAAGACCGGGCAGUAUGCAAAGCUGGGGUACGCCUCGUGAACCCCUAUCGGCGCAAGGCAGUUCCCUGGCUUUUUGUGCGAAAACGGGUCACAACUGUGAAAGCCGUAGGCGGAAGCCUUUUUGUCUUGAAAAAAUUAGUUCCGAACCAGGCGUCUCUCCUCUUGAAGUAGUUGUCCGGCUUCGACAGCGGGCCACUAACUAGAAACUGUUGUCGACGCGAUGGACGACAAGCAAACAGAUGCGUUUUGGGCAUUUACCGGCGAAGCCGGGUGCUCAGCCACUAUUGACAGUUUCUCAUUCGGGGUAAAUGGCGCAGACAUUGAUCGGAUUGAGUCUCUCAGCGGGGCCGUGGGGGCCUCUGAACUGGCGAAGAACUGCAGCAAACUCCCGUCCGAGACGGCGCUGUGUGUCUGGAUCACCUGGCUAGACUGCGCAGAGCGAGGCUACAAACGACUGUACGGAGCGCCCGUCCGAAUCCCUUAUGCCAGUAUGACAGCCAGAACCGCAAAGCCUGGCCUACCAACUACCAUCGGAGAUGAAGGACUCUCCGCAUCAAGCGCGGCUACAAACGCCGCGCCAUUACCGCCACCGUUUCGUUCGAUGCGGUUGCCACUUGAUCUCCAGUGGAAGGCGAAAACUCCCAUCUUUCCGCUUCCUGUGGAGUACAGUCAGGCGGACGCGCCGCCGGCGUAUCCCUGUGCUCGGCCCGCGUCGGCUCUUGCUUUGUCCACGACUCCUCCGAGGUUCGAACCCGCGUCUCCGGAUGUCUUCUACUUUAACAAUGGCGGCUGCCUCCUCGUUCACCCAGACGAUCUCCACCCCCAUUCCAUGGAGCUUUGCAGGCAAGCAGAACGUACGUGGUCUUCGGCUCACCGCACGAAUCCUGAAGGCGCGAGUGAGAGUUCACCUCCAACGGCUUCCACUGACAGUGAACCUGGGUCGAAAACGAACCCGGCGGAGUCUCUUAUGAAGACAGUCCCAGGUCAGCAGUCGUCUGGGAAGUGUAAGUGUUUUUCUGCAUGCGAGGAUAACGGCUCCUCUCCAACGAGCAGUAUUCACGCCCCCGGGGACUGCCAUGGAAACGCGAACAAGCAGGGCACAGCUGCAUGCAGUGAGAACCAGGUUGGAACAGGCACUGGCGUCGCGCCAGCUCACACUCCAGGAGGCAAACGGCCGCCAAAACAGACUCUAGAGGAGGAACUUUUGAACGAGCGGCAGAGGCGCCGAUGCCUCGGCAUUAGCCGGUAUGUUUGGAGCAAAGAGGGGAAGAAGAUUCUCCUUUCAAAUUCCUCAGGGCUCUGGAUUUAUGAUCAUUGCUCAGCUAUUGAGUCUCUUCUCGAUAACGAACCCCCCCGAAGACUUCCGGUGCCGUCUUCUUCCAUUUCUCCUCUUGGUGCGGGUACUACGCCCAGCGCCGCGAGCGAGACAGGCCACAGGAAAGGAGAGGAAUCUGGAGCUGCUUCGAGCUGCGACGUGACAUUCUUUGCGACAAACCCGUUAACGCCGUUCUCCUACAUGGUGCCGAAUGCGAACGAUUCCGUCUCCAGAAGUAUUUCCGGUCAGUCUCCUUUGAAAACGGAGAAUGCUUCGGUGGAAGCGACUUCUGGAGAGAUGAACGGGCGUGUAGAAGACGAGGCAGAAACGACAUCUGCGCUGGAUGAGCACUUCGCUACGCUUAAGCCCCCAACUUUCGCGACAAACAACCAAAGCUCAAUGGAUCCUGCCUCGCGGCCGCGCGUGUCGAUCCACCCGUCAGGCCGCAGCCAUGCCUUCGGGAGUCCUCGACUUGUUGUGCCUCGAAGGAAGGAAGGACGGUCCAUUUUAGACUUUUCGUUCUCGCCGGAUGCAAGCCGCGUGGCGUUCGUCCACGAUUCUGACAUCCACGUCGCCGCAAUCGCAACGUCGGAGAAGCAGAGGCUUCUGGAGCGGCAUGCAUUGCAUUCGGAUCUGUUGUCAGACGAAGAUUCUGAGGCAAAAGAAAACAGAGCUCAAGCGUUGAACGGGGGACUCUGCAUGCUCACGACGAGCGGGAAAAGUGGAAAGAUCGUGAACGGUCUGGCGGAGUACGUGGCUCAGGAAGAAAUGUACCGCAGUCGAGGCUACUGGUGGUCACCCUGUGGAAACUUCAUUGCAUUCUGUCAGUUCACGGAAGACCACAUCAAGCCGCUCUGUCUGCAGCGCGUUCGGCUGCCGCAGUACCAGGCCAGUGACGCUUCCGAAGGGGGAGCUGCAGGGGCCGGCGCAGAUUCCAAGAAGCAACCGACUGAGGCAGCUGCGUCGGAGCCUAACGAAAAGAAAGCUCUUCCGUCAGAGAGCGGACAGAACGCUUCUGGAGGAAAGCAGGCGCCGCAGUGGGCACCCGGGCCUGGGGACGGCGUUAUAGCAGAGGAUGGCGAAGAAGAGAACAGACGGGAAGAAAGGGAAGAAGAAUGGAGCGAAGACGAGCACGCCGGAAGCGCCUGUGUAGAGGGAGGCGCGAGGGAGGAAUCAAGUGGUGACAGUCGUUUGGGAGAGAAGAAAGGCAAGACUCAGGAACUGAGUCGAGAUGCAGAACAAAGACACUCAGAAGAAGCUGAGGAGCUCCUGGUUCAGGAGGAACACCACUUUCCGUUUGCCGGCAUGGACAACGUCCGCAUUCGAGUUGGCAUUCUCCAGGUGCCUUCCGCCGCGGAAUUGCAGCGAGUGGCGUCUUCUUUCUCUCUUAGUGUCUCUUCCCGUGAAACGCAAACGUCGAACGGAGACGCCCCCCUGCCUUCGGUCUUCAGCAUUUCGUCCACUGCCUUGCCGGGGUAUUCUCUCGAGACUCCUCUCGAAGCCUGCGCAAGAUGCAGUGUCUCCUGCAUCUGUGGCUCUGUUGAGGGAAAUGCGGAGUUCCCUGAACUGUGUUCCUCCAGGCCACCUGCUGACUCCUCCACGCGCGUGCCUUCCACGCAGGUGGCGGAGCAAGUCUCUGGGCGUUCUCGCCAGAAGCACGCAAACUCCUCGUCUGCUCCGAAUGCUUCUUCUCGCUCUUCCGGUCCUCGCUGGGGAGCCCGAGAGCGAUUCAUCGAGUUGCCGGUCGCGGACUGGAGGGAAGAUUUCUACGUUGCGCGAGCGCAGUGGAUCUCUCUGGAGGAGUGGAGUGACCUCGUUGUGCUCAAGCUCCUGUCUACUGAAGAAGUGAAAACCAUGCAGAACGGUAUUCGCCGCCGCGCGCUCGAACGAGAAGGAGCAUCGAGCGCUAGCGGAGAAGACGGGCGACGCAGUGGCGGUUGUUGCGCCGAGGUCGAACGGAGUUUGGAGGACCCAGUAUCUCCGCCGCCUCUGCUCCUUCUUCAACUCCAAGACCGCCUUCAGCAGGAACUGCGAAUCUGUGCAGCUUUGCCGUGGCUGCCGUCGGACUUCUCCGAAAUGCCAAAUGAAAACUCCAGACAGGACGAAAAACUCCGCUGUGUUGUCUGCUUCACGGAGAGGUCGAGCUUUUGGAUCAAUCUCCACGACGAUUUGCACCAGUUGGGAAGGUCGCUGUGGUACCUGUGGACUGCGGAGAGAAAGACAAUGAACGAGUUGUAUCUGCAGAACCUCGCGCUGCCAGGGCUGUCGUUCCGCGUAUGUGCAUGCGCGCCGGAAGUUCGGCUCAUCUCCGUCCUUGCGCCGCCUACGUCUCCGAUCUUCUCUUCUUCUGGGCACCGAUACGUUUUGUUUUCUGCAAAUCGACAGAGCGGAGCCUCUCCAGCUUCGGCGUUUGUGUGUCUCACGCGACUUCCCAAAGACAGCGAGCUGAAGGCUCUGCAGCGUUCGUGUCUCCUGUCUGUACACGAGAGCGAGGAGAAAGGGCGACCUGAGGACACCGAAAGAGUGGGGUGGCUUCGAGGCAAAUUCUGGGGACAACGCGGCAAGUGGAAGAUCGAGAUUCGAGAUCUUCGACAGCCGUGGGCACUAGUGACGAAUCCGGCAGUCGAGGGCACACACUCCUUUAUCGUCUCUGAAAAGUUGCCUCUUGUGGUGCACCAGCACCACGCACGUCUCUCUCCCCGGCAGAUUUGGAUUCGCUACAUCCCAGACUGGGAUGAAGCUCUCCUGCACGAGCAUGUGUCUCCAAUUUCCCCUUCGCCGCUGCACUACUCCCUCGCUUCCGCUGUUCAGCGUGGUCGUGUCGUCUUUCACCGUCAGCUGAGGCUGUCAGACGAGACAGAGAAGAGCGUAAAUCGCACACCUCCGGGACAGGCUUCGACGGAGACUGAAAAAAAGACGAAGGACAUGCCGGUGGACGAGAAGGCACAAUCGUGCAAGCAGCAAAAUGUUUCUCAGGACGUAGACUUGCAGCUUCUGCAUGGAUGUGAACAGCUGACCUACGCCUACGGAGACACCGCUGCGUUUGGAAAGGUUCUCCACGAAUUUCAGCAGGUCCAGCGCGUGUAUCUACGCAUCGUACGUUCUCUCGUACCUCCUGUUCCUUUCGAGCUGGAAAAUGAAGGAGAAAAACUGUUUGGUUGCUACUACCGACCAAACGUGGCGCUUCACGGUUCAGGCCCGUAUCGCGCCGUUGUGUCUCUCUAUGGUGGACCCACACUGCAAUUUGUCCCUGACGCCUUCGACUUGCUUUUAGACAUGCGAGCCCAAGCUCUGGCGAAACUUGGGCUGAUUGUCGUGAAAGUGGACAACCGUGGGUCAUUUGGAAGGUCCAUCGCAUUCGAAAAGGCGGCGAUUCACCGGCGUUUGGGAGCCGCUGAGCUUCGGGAUCAACGCGCUGCAGUGAUGCAUCUCCAUCGCCUGGGACUCGUUGCCCUUCACGCGGAAGAGGCCGCCCGCGUGUCUCCUGUGUCUCCUUCCUUGGGCCUCUGCUCUGGGCCUUCUGGCCCUGCUACAGAGCCCGGCGAGGCGCAGAAGACUCGAGCGCAUGCACUCGGACAGAAAAGGGAGCGGGAUACCGGGACGCCUCGAGGCAUGGCCGCGGCCGGGAAGAGGGUAGAGGCAGAAGAGAAGGGCGCUUCUCAGGCACUUGAGAUCGAUUCAGGAAAUGUUGCGAGACAGGGCCGCAAAAGAGCCAAGACAGAAGGCGGCAGCCACGACCUAGACCGCAACGCAGAGAGGACAACGGUGGCGGCCGGAUCUCGUGAGGCACAAGAGACAGGGAGGGAGGACGAACAAGAAGAGAGGCAAGUGACGGAGAAAACAAGGGAGAUCCUCGGGUCAGAGACGAAACACACGACCGACCUGGGGGCCGUUGGCGGAGACAGCCUUAUCAGCUACGGUGUAGGCAUCUACGGAAUUUCUUACGGAGGCUAUCUGGCUGCUAUGGCCCACUUUACGCACCCCGACUUCUUCACCUGUUGCUGGAGCGCCGCCCCGGUAACUGCCUGGGAGUUGUACAGCACACAUUACACGGAGAGAUAUCUGUCGCUCCCGUGCCUGAAUUCCGAAGGUUACAAGCAAAGCAGCGUGCUGACCCAUGUCAAGUUCCUGGAGCCGCAAACCAAUCGACUCAAACUCUUGCACGGCUACCUCGACGAAAAUGUGCACAUGCAGCACAGCCUCAUCCUCCUCGAUAAGAUGAUCCGGCAUCAGCUCCCGGCGGACUUUCUGUGUCUUCCUCAGUCGCGUCAUGGACCGAGCAUUGCGACUGAGAGGCGCUUUUUUGUCCAAACGCUUCACCUCUUUUUUUCGGAGCAUUUGCUCCCCGCACAUUUGAGGCCCAAGUGGCCAAGGCAGCAGCGCAGGAGUGGGUCCUGUGCUCCAAUGCAUGCGCCCGCGCUUCAUGUUGUGUCCGGUUCAGAUUCUGAAAACGCACAGAAGUCAGUUCCUGAGAAGACAGGGGAACAGAAAGGAGAAGAAAAGGGGCAGGCACAAAUCUCGACAUGCUCGGAGGGGGGAAUUGCCCAACAGGCAUGAAGAGAAACAGCGAUGAAAAUGCUAACAAAGGGUGGCGACGCGUCUGAAUGUUCGCGCUUGCACAGGUGAAUAAGCAUGUACUCGAAAACGAUGCCGAAAGACGACAAAAUGCUCCGUAACUCAGGCGAUUCUCGUUUGUUUACGUUUAUGCGAGAAAACGGGUUUGUAAUGUCGUGUAAGACGUUGGAAUAUAUGUGAGGAAGGGGGAUGGUAGGAGGGGCAUCCCCGGCAUUGAACAACAUGUAUGCGGAUAAAAAAAACAAGCUUGUAAUCGUGCCGAUAGUAUAUAAUUACACACAUGUGCUUGUGACGCAGGUGUGCAUGUGUACAUAUAUGCUACAACUUCGUGCCUAAAUAAGCACGUUGUUUACAUACACACAGGUGUAGCUCUACUUCUACGCCUGAAUGUCCACGUUUGUGUAGACAUACAAAUGGAUAAACACACUUACGCGUAAGUGUGUGUGUGUGUUGUUUCUCAACAAAGAGACGUACAGAUCCAUACACUCCAUCGUGAGGUGUGAGAUAUUAUAUGGAUAUUAUGUUCAAGGAGUGACACAGUUCAAUUUAGACGUCGUGUACUCAAGCGAAGGACGACUCUAUGAAACAGUGUGAUGAAAAGCGGCUAGCGUAUUUCUUGCCAAAGAAGCACUGGUGGUCAAAAUGUAAGUUCCCACACAGGCGAUCAGUCUCCGUCAACAGCUUCCGGUGCACCAUGUCGCAUUGUAGGGUUGACAGUCCUCAGAA